AUGGAACUACACGAGAUACUUUAUAGUGCUAUGACAGAUAUAUUCAGUCAUCAGGAUCUGAACAAUAUAUUUGUAAAAGCGCUCGAGGAUCCUCACACAGUACAGCUCGCAAACGCAUUGCUUGAAUGUAGGUGGAGCUAUGAUCGAAAAGAAACUCACAAGAUGCUUGCGAAGGUCAAUCCUUACAAUUUCUUCAGCAAUCAUUUCAAAGAGUUCGUUGGGUAUAUACGCAGUCAGAAUAGAGAUCAAGAUGAAUUGGUGUAUACUUUUUUGGAACUGAAAGUUCUCACCGAGUUUUAUGGAGAGGACCUUCUAGCUCAAAUUUUGGUCCUCCCGAAAAAUCAAAUUGUCAGAGGGUGGACAUACUUGAAUGCUCUUACUACGGUUUGGCUGGGAGAGAAAAAGAGCCCGGUUGAAGUCAUGAAAACGGUCGAUGAUGACGUUUACAACUUUCUCUAUUAUGGAGCUGAUAAGUUUUCUCCGAAAUUAUGCUUUUCUUACAACUCAAAAUUUUAUAAAGUUUACCCCAGUGAAGUUACGAUGACGUCGCUUGAUACGCUCACCAGUGCUGUCGGCCCCGCGAGAGUGGCGAUCAUGCUAGAUAUAGCGCAAAAGUCUCCAAAUUCGUUUGGCAAAAGCCAGGGACUUGUCUAUCAAAAUACACAAUAUCAAGAAUGGUACGCCAAAAAAUUAUCACCUGAUGAUGUGUAUGAAAUGAUAGAGAAUGACUUGAUGAAAAACCCAUGGGGGUUGUCUGAUGCAUCGGAUUUGGCCGAAUCGGUCCGAAUAAGAUACACCUCUGCUCUUCUACACCCUGAUUUCACAAAGAACAAAGAGCUUGUGGUGUAA